CCAAAUCUCGCGACAUGUAAAAAUGGCCCAAGCCGGAAGCAGCGAGCCGCCGACGACAGGGUAGGCGACACCCCCCGAAUCAAGCCCUAGCCCCGGAGGAGGACCAAUCCGGCGAUCCCCUCUUCCCUCACCAACCCUAGCCCCGGCGGCGGCGGCGCCGGCGAGAUCUCAGGGCGAGGGGCGGGGAAGGAUGUCGGACUCCGCGUCGAUGGCCGCUGCCACAGAGGCGCGCUUCAGCAACCGCGACCUCAUCGGCCGCGGCUCCUUCGGCGACGUCUACAGAGGGUUUGACAAAGAACUGAGCAAGGAGGUUGCAAUCAAAGUUAUUGAUCUGGAAGAAGCUGAGGAUGAUAUUGAAGAUAUCCAAAAGGAGAUAUCCGUUUUGUCACAAUGCCGGUGUCCAUAUAUAACUGACUAUUAUGGUUCUUAUCUUCAUCAAACCAAACUGUGGAUAGUAAUGGAGUACAUGGCUGGUGGUUCUGUUGCUGACCUACUUCAAGCUGGCCCUCCUCUGGAUGAAAUAUCUAUUGCAUGCAUUCUAAGGGACUUAUUACAUGCAGUUGAAUAUCUGCAUUCUGAAGGAAAGAUUCACCGUGAUAUUAAAGCGGCCAAUAUCCUCUUGACUGAAGGUGGAGAUGUGAAGGUUGCAGACUUCGGUGUUUCUGCACAGCUGACUAAAACAAUGUCUAGGAGAAAGACAUUUGUCGGAACUCCCUUUUGGAUGGCACCUGAGGUUAUUCAAAAUUCUGAUGGGUACAAUGAAAAGGCGGAUAUCUGGUCUUUAGGUAUAACUGCUAUAGAAAUGGCAAAAGGUGAACCCCCUUUGGCAGAUAUUCAUCCCAUGAGAGUUCUUUUCAUGAUACCUCGUGAAAAUCCUCCUCAGCUUGAUGACCAUUUCUCUAAACCAAUGAAGGAGUUUGUGUCACUAUGCUUAAGGAAGAAUCCAGCAGAGAGGCCUAGUGCUAAGGAACUUCUUAAGCAUCGUUUUAUAAAAAAUGCCAGAAAAACUCCAAAACUUCUAGAGAGAAUAAGAGAGCGGCCAAAAUUUUCCGUAAAAGGCAGUAUCGAUGCCACACAAAAUGGUCACCCACAGAUUGAAGAAGAUGAUUAUGGAGGUACUAUCAAGGUUGAGAGGAAUACAAAACAAGCAGCUUCUCCCUCCAGUCAAGCAACAGUUAGGAAAUCUGCUGGCUGGGAUUUCCCUGAGAGAUCGGAGGGCACAGGAACUGUUCGAGGUGGUUUAAGACCACCACAAAUAACCUCCACCAAAGAUGCUAGAUUUGAUACGUCUCAUAAUCCAAAUACAAUAAAACGUACAGCUGAUCGAGAAAAUCAGUGGAGAACAUCUGGGACUGGAUUUGAAGAAUCACCCUCAGUAAACAUGUCUAAAGAAGCUCAGACUGAUCAUGGAAGACUAGAACGUUCUACAGAAGAGAAUGACCAAUCUGUAAGUGGGUCUGGAACUGUGGUGUUACGCUCUCCAAGAGCUUCUCAGGUUCACUCAGCAGCUCCUAACCACAAUUCUAAGCCUCCCAGCAGAUUCUCCUCAUAUGAAGAUAUGUCUAUCAGUGGGACAGUUGUUAGGAAUCAAAGUGAAGAACCAGAAACUCCACGAUCGUCAAGGUCAAGGCUUGGGAUACAAGAAAAAACAUCAAAUGCUUCACUUGAGGAUAGUGCUAUUAACCUUGCGGAGGCAAAGGCUGCUCUACAAGCUGGCUUCAGAAAGGGUAAUGCUAGAGAAAGACCAGUUAUCAACAAACAUGAAAAGGAAUCACAUGAACCUAGAUUUUCUGGGGUAAACAGUCAUGAGGUUCGAAGUGAGAAUGUUGACUCACAAAAAGGUCGCAAAUCACGGCAGCCAUCUGAUGGGCAAUCAGCUUCUCGAGCUUCUGUAGCUUCACCUGCACUCUCAUCAUUGAUAAGCCCUUCUCUGAAAGAGACUACUGGUGACAAGUUUGAAGAUCCAGUUGUCCACGCAGUCCUCAGUUCUCUGAUGGAUCUAGAACAUGAGAUGCCUGGAUCGUGUGAGGCAUUGGUUGGUAGAUUACUACAUCGGCUAGGGAGCUCGAAAGAUUCGUCGUUGCAAAGUCUGCAUGAGACAGCAGUGUCGAUUUUUACAAAGAAACCCGAGCCUGAGCCUGUAAGCAACAAGAAACCAGUUAGUGCGCCACCAUUGGCUGCUCCUACCGUAAGCCCUCUGGCGAGGUUCCUUCUUACGAGGUGGCAGAACCAGGUUUCCCAAGACCUUAACUCCGUUUGAUCCAGUCAAUCCAGAAUUCUUCCGCGUUCUGAUUCAGUGUAUAAUUGAUGCUGAGUGUACAUAACUCUUUUAUCUUUAGAAACCCUCUUUCUGGUAGAUGUUCUCAGCGGCUUAUGCCGCCAUCUGUUUGUUUGAUUUGUUGUGUUGGUACUUGGACAACAUAUUUCCUGCCCAUUUUCGAAUGUAACUGCUACCGACAUAGUACAUGUAUGACAUCAGAGACAUGAAUACCAUAUCCAACAAAAUCUUGCAAGUUAUACCUGAAAA